AUGAAUUUAGAUGCUCAUAUAAUUGAGAAGAAGAUUUUAUCUUUAAAGACCCAAUAUAAUAGGGAAUUAAAUAAAUUAAAGACUAAGUCUGAACUUGGAGAAGAUGAGAUAACAUAUUGGUAUGCUUUUGAGCAUUUACAUUUUUUAAAGGACGUUAAGCUACCACAACCUAAUACUGAUCCAUUAUUGAUUAUUCAAACUGAAAAUAAGCUAGAAGAAGAUAACAUAACUGAUAAGAAUGAAAAUGAGCAAAAACCUAUUCUAUCUUUUACUCAACGACAAUCCCAACCCAGAUGCACUUUAAAAAGGAAAUAUGAUACUCAAUUAAGCACACUCAAUUUAUUACAAGAUGCAUCAAAUGCCAAUAUUAAUAAGCAAGAAAAAGAUGAGUUUUCUAUUUUUGGAGAAACAAUAGCUAAAACUUAA